AUGUCUCAAAAAGAUAGUGUGCACUCUUUUGAGUCGGCCAUUGCCAAAAACUCAAGCAACAACAACAAACAAAUAGAAGUUGAACGGCCUUCUACGCCAACAAACACACCAGAUAGAAACUUCUACAACCUAAAAAAAAAAAUAGAACACCUCCAACUCCUUCUAAAAGAUCAAACAAUAGCAAAAAACACACCAUUGC